UCUUGCAGCAAACUUUCGUCUCAAGUGACGACUUCAAGUUUAAGAUUUCAAAGUCAUUCAUUAAAAUUCCCCGUUGUUACAACAUCUCUCGCGAACUUGCCAAACAGGCAAAAGAAAAAUCUGACAAGCUCCCUACACAUCCGACAAUAUCUGACAAGUUUCCCGACAAUCCACACAAAUCUGAUAAGCUCCUCAAACGCACAAGCUCUUUCUUAAGCACCUUAAACACUGGCAUUCCCUAAUAUAUCAAAUAAACUCUAGCAGUCACAAUAAUUUCUGAACAGUGUGUUACGUAAAACGGACUGUUUAAACGUCCAUAUACAUCUCAACAAAGCAACUUAAAUAUUAAUGCAUCUCUAUAUUCUCUGAAACACUCUUUUAUCACGAACAAAUUUCUUAAAUAUAUGUCCUUCUCUUAUUAGAUAUUCUGAAAAUCCACACAUUUCGAAUGAAGACCACAAACAUUCAUACAUAUCUCAUAAACAACCUGAAUAUCAAAACAUUAAACUAUAAUUGUGUUUUUAGACUGGUUAAGAGCUGCGAUCGUUCCCAAACGGCACGGAAAGGUACGGGAAAGUGUGUAGCUUAAACAUGACGAUACCAGAGUCCACACGUGUCGACUUGCAGUUGAUACAGUGACGUGUUAACGGUUCAAUGGUUUGCCUCAUCUGCCGAGCUCACAAGAUAUUGCUUCUGUGAUUACUCAUUAUUCCCAAAUUUAGAAGGAAAACAACUGCGUGGACCUCCAGAAACUAGUUGAGGAGUGGGUUUAGAACCAAACCCACUAGUUUCUAUCAGAAUGCUAUCUUAACCCUUAAACAUCUUUAGACAAAGUGCAUUGACAUCAAAGGUGAUAAUGUGGGAAAAGUAAGGCUUGAUGGCCAAUAGGUUUGACCUGUUAUCAAACAUGCAUAGAUACAUGUAGCUAUAAACGUAUCAAUCGAUACGAUACAUUAUCAUGACUGUGGUGACAAACUUAAGACUUUUGUAUUGUUUAGAUGUUUUAAAUAUCUAACGAUGUAAGUGAAAUAUUAUCUACACUGGGAUAUGUUUUCUUCCUUGUUAUGACUUCAUUGUAAACGGGAUGCAUUUCAAUGUAGCUAUAGUAGUGAAGAGGCCGAAUUUAUUUGAGGCCCUGGACAGGAUACUUGUAAACUUUCGUUGUUAUAAGUAAAAGCAGCGAGGAAAAAAUCAAUAUGUUCAUGAGCGAGAUCGAGGCUAUGAUUCUGUAACAUAAUCCUAACCGAGGCGUAAGACCUUGUAAGUCGACUGAAAUAAAUCGACCUCGCUCAGUUACAGGAAAUAUAUAUUUUAUUAAUCUGAACCAUUCAAUUAACUACACAUUUGUGUCAUACAGCACAUCUAUCAUAAUAUACACAGAAUGUACAUACAGACGUGGGUGUCAUGAGCUGAAUGCAUUCCUACAUGUACUGACGCGUGUUUUAAAAUGGAAUUAAUUCGUUAUUGUCACUAUGCAGAUAUACUAUAUGAUGAUUGACUACAAUCGAAGUUAAAUAAAACACAAAUAUUUCCUUCCCAAUCACGUCUCACAUCACGUGAUGCAUGGCCAUCGUUCAAAUGAUUUAUUUCCUGCCUGAGCAAUAUCCGGUGGCUAGGCCAAAGAGUCGGUGACUUUAACCGACUGUAUACGUGUGUCUAGACAGGCAUGAUGACUGUUUAGGUGAUGGUCACGUUUAAUUUAACUAGAUACAACUUCGGCAUGGCUGAAUCUUCAAAUCCGCGACACAAGGUGGUCUCAAGACGUUACUUUGAUCAUAUCAAAUGGGGAGGGCCGUGUCCACCAUUAAACGUUAACUUGGCUGAGUUGGUGUCAGAUAAAAGUCUGCAAAUAGAUCAGGAACGCAUGGCCUCACUACUGGCCCAGAUCAUGGAUGACAUGCACGGCACGGAGGAAAUAGUGCGCAACAGAAGAAAAGUGAUUCUCGUCGACGAGUAUAUAGGAAAUGCCAGCAAAAUUGACACAAAAAGUUUCUUUGCUGGCAGUAAAGGGGAUGGUUUCCUUAUGGAAACCUCAGAUGUAGACGUAAUGGGUAUACUUUUGGACGUAGCUGUAACAAAUCCUGAACAGAGACGCAGCAUUGAACGUAAUAGCCAACACAAGACUGUUCUAUUGAUGAGGAAGGCUGAUUGCAGGCCUGGAUAUGUAGCCCUUGAAAUAUUGCAGCUUGGAGAAGUAGAUUAUUUCCGUUGUUUUCGGAAUGCGGCUGUUCCUAUUGGGGAUUCAAUGUUUCUAUCCAGUGAUAUUUACAGGCAGGGAAUGAUAGAUGUGACGACAGGGAUUCACAAUUUUGUCUCAAACGGACCAUGCUUAUCUUUAAUGUCUACAACUUACGGUGAUCGGGAUCUUGCACUGGCUUUUCCAUGUUUGUGUUGGCCUAGGGAAGCUAAUGAAUGGAUACAUCGAGCUCGCUUUCAUGGAUGGCCAUCUCAGACAAUGAUUGACAUGAUUGUCCAGGGUGGGUGUCAUCUCGUACCUGUUGGUGAUAAGUGUUCAACAGACACGCUGCUACAAUGGAGGAUUUCAUUUGCCUGUGCAGAACGGCUAUUAGUUCAUUCUCUCACCCAUCCGCAGUUCAGGGUAUAUGGAUUACUGAAAUAUUUCCUCUCCGAAAUCAAAGACUUGUUAGAACAUAUUACAGGAGACAGCGAUAUCCUUUGUUCAUAUUUCAUAAAAACAGUUAUGUUUUUUGCAGUUGAACAUUCUCCAACUGUGUUAUGGCACUACAAAAACACAUUUUUAUGUUUGCGGUUCUGUCUCAGUAUUUUGAUUGCCUGGGUCAAAUCGGGUUACUGCCCAAGCUAUUUUAUUCCAAACAAUAACCUAUUUUUAAGGAAAAUUCAUGGGGAAAACCGUCAAAAACUUCUUCAUUUCCUCAUAGAUUGCUACGACUUGAAAUGGCCCAGAAUGUUUUUGUCCAAAGAGUCAAUCAGAAUGAGUGACCUCGAAGUGCUGCUUGAGGAAUAUCAAAACCUAGGGUCAAAACAAUACCAUGAUUCACAAAGGGAUUUAGACCUAUUCCACACAUGUCCUAUUGCAUCUUUCCGUCCUGCCAUGCUUGAGAAAAACCUUGAUGCUUCAUUACGACUUCUAGCCGUAUCAGAAGCUGAUGUUGAUGAAUUCAUUGCUUAUCGUGUGAUGGUUACAGUAUUGUGCAGCAUUGCAAUUAGAUCGCUAACUGAGAACAGUACUACCGGAAGAAACAAGCAUAAGUAUAGAGCCCUGAGGAAAUCUAAACACUUGUUGACACCGCAAGCGUCGAUGUGUACAAGUCCGGGACUUAUGAUGUUGGCAACAUUCCAUUAUCUCACUGGCAAUUACAAAAAAACACUUGAGAUGUGUGCAGAUCUGAUGUCGACAUUGAGAGCUUUCCUCCUUUCUAACGACAUACCUAAAAGAUCAAGGGAACGAUACCAACGAAUGAACUUUGGGCAAAAUAACACAUUGUAUCAUAAAUUUAAUUUGGGGAUUUACACAUGUGUAAUUUUUACCGACCGCGACGUUUGUCUAAGUGUGCCACAGCUAAUCCUGGAAAUUAAGAAACAUCCUUAUCCUUUACAUAUCCCACCACUGGCGUAUGCAACAUUCCUUUCCUUCCUGUGCUACCACGACCUUAGUGACAUACGGAGACGUGACACAGAACUCAUCAACCUUCGGGCGUUGAGCUAUGACUCUGAACAAGGGGGGCAUGAAUACUGGAUAGUACACACAUUGCUAGGGAUCUGUUACCAAACUGUGGGGGACAAUCGCAGGGCCAUCAGGUCUUUUACUGAUUCUCUACGUGUGAUGCCUGAAGACAACCCAGCUAAAGUGAGAAUAGAGUCCCUGCAGAGUUCUCAGUAAACACUAUAUCAAAGUAUAUCAAUAAAGUGGAAUACAUUCAGUUUGAUGUAACAGUGGACAAUGAACUAUUGGUAUACUUUUCAUUCUUUGACGAGUUCACAACAGCCCUCUUCUUUACGUAUUCUACCAUUGUUUGUUAGUAACCUUGUUGUUUUGACCCGGAACGUGUGUUACCAGAUUGUAACCUGGUUGAAAGGAAUAACGGUUCAUGAAUGUCUCAGUAGAUACACUAUUACAGUAUAUAAUUAUAAAAUGUAUGAAAUAUAUUAGACUUUUUUCACUAUUACAUAUAUAUAUAUAUAUAUUCAUCAAGUGGGCAUUAUAUAAAACAUAACAUUAUGUGAACUUCUGAUAGGAAAUCAGUCUAUUUUUUUAUCAUUAAUCAACCUAUUUUUAUUGAUUACCAUUAUUUCAUUAUUACUCUCUUGCAUUUUGCUUUACUUAUUUGACUAUUUCUAUUGAAUUGCGCCAAUUACAUGUUUAAUCCUAGCAUAAUAUAUCGACAUAUCGUUCUGAAUUAGAAUCAUUGGAAAAUAACAGCGAAACAAUACCAAGACUACGAUAACAAAAGCAGUUCAAAGCAAAACUUAACACUGCUCCCCAAAUCGUAAAAAUAGUCAUUAGUAUUCUUCGUGCAGAGACAUUCGUUUUAUUAAUCCAGACUAACAUGAUAUGAGUAGUUCCAAAAUAACGUUAUUUGUUUUGAAUUUCUAAAACUGCUAUGUUUUUUCAGGGAAUAUUGUAAGUUGUGAACUUCCAGAUAAACUGCGUUGUCAUAGUAAUGUCAAUGAUGCGUGCUUUGUAGAUCUAACAAAAAUAUUAUGAUAUUGAUUUUCAAUUAAUAUCGCUGGUUUUGUACAAAUGUAGUAUCCUGAAGAAUUCCAGCAAAAAUUGUGAGUUAUAUACUUUCUCAUUUGUUGUGCUCUUCCAGAGAAUAAGACGUGUUGUGCAUUGCUCUAUCAUUGUAGAUUUUAUUGUUUUUUCAUCUUAAAUGUAUUAUGAUUGUAUCAAUUUGAUUGCUGACCUUUGUUCUGAAUUGAAAAAAAAUCAACCUUAUAUUGUCUGUCGUGAUUUAGCCAACCGUAUUGCUAUCAAAUUGCUCGAAUAAUUGUCAAAUUAAAAAAUAUAUAUUAUUAGUUUGCAUAUCCUGGAGAAGUUGUAAUUUGAAAUAAGAAAUGCAGGAUAUCCGCCGCUAUACAUUUCAAAUUUAAACAAAAGAAUACAAAUUAAAGUGCUUGUUUUAAUAGCAUUAUCUGAAUCUGAAUGGAUGCGCUUAAUUGCAUGUUAGCUUACUUCUGUCGCUUUCCUUUCUCUCUCCGUGGAAUGUUAGGUCGUAAUCUAUAUGUAGAAUAGUAGGCAAAGUUAAGUUGCUAGAGAACUAAGAAGGUCCAAGGCCACGUGAAUGUUAGGUUCUGUAUUUUAUAUCACUGUAUGAAAUUUGUCAAAUAUCCACGAGGUAUAAUAAAUGUAAUAUUG